UCAAGUUCGGUCAUUUAAAGAGUCGGAAGUACUAGAAUCGUUUCUUCAUACAUUCAUAAAGUAGUUGUUGUUUGUAACAUUCAGAAAUCGAAAUUACUAGAAGAUCUUCAUCGUAGUAACAUACAACAACAUUCCCAAGUCCAAGAAAACCGAAGAUGAGGGCUGUUGCAGUAGCCCUACCUGGUGGACCUCAAGUUCUGCAAGUUCAAGAAAUUGAUGAACCUCAACUCAGACACGAUCAAGUUCUCAUCAGAGUCCACUUCGCCGCCGUUAACAGAGACGACAUUUCUCUCCGACAAGGCGCUUCCCGUUUCCCUGAACAUGGAACUCUUUUCCUAGGUUUUGAAUGUUCUGGAAUUAUCGAAUCCGUCGGUAAAAGCGUCUCCAACUGGAAAAUCGGUGAUAAGGUUUGUGCUCUUCUUGAUGGAGCUGGAUAUGCUGAGAAAGUAGCUGUUUGUGAGGGACAAGUUUUUCCGAUUCCGACCGGGGUUUCUAUGGAGGAGGCAGCCAGUCUUCCCUUCGUUGCAUGCACUGUCUGGUUAAGUGUCUUUGUUACCAGCAGACUAUGUAGAGGGGAAACCUUGUUGAUUCAUGGAGGUUGGGGCGGAGUCGAUGCAUUUGCAAUUCAGGCAGCUAAGUUCUAUGGAUCAAGAGUAAUUGUUGCUACAGUUUAUGAUGAUAAGAUAGGUUAUUACUUGAGUCUUGACCCCGAUGUUUGCAUCAAUUACAAAACUGAGGACUUUGCUGCUAGAGUGAAGGAAGAAACUGGUGGUCGAGGUGUGGAUGUGAUUCUUGAUUGUAUUGGAACACCUUACUUUCAAAAGAAUAUUGAGAGCUUGAAUGUUAAUGGAAGGCUUUUCAUUAUCAGCACUCUAGGGGCAACUUUGUUUACACAGAUGGAUCUAAAGGUUUUAGUUACCAAGCGUCUCACAGUAACGGGGGGUUACUUGCAUAGUUGGUGUGCUAGAAGUAAGAUAUUGAUCAUUGAUGAUGUGAAGAAGAAUCUUUGGCCUGCAAUUGGAAAAGAAAAAGGAAUGAUACUGCCUUUGGUCCACAAAUGUUUCUCUUUUUCUGAAGCAGAUGAGGCUCACCGGCUUGUGGAAACUGGUCACCAGAUUGGAAAGAUAUUGCUUAUCCCAUGAAAACCAUGGUGAAUACUCGACCGAUGUGUACAUGAAACAGUAUAGGAUCUUUUGAGUUUUAGACCUAUGUUCUAUCCAUGUACAUGAAACAACAUAUGUUGGAUUGUUUGUUCGAUCGAUCUACAUGAAACAACAUACUUUUGGAUCAUUUGAAUUUAGACCUUUGUUGAUUGAUGUGUACAUGAAACAACAUAUUUUUUUGAAUCAAUAUUUGUAUAAA